AACGAUUCGCAGCUCCACAGCUCCCUCUCAUGCACCUCCAGCUAAGGUCACCUCAAACCGAACUCAACACUGCGCCGCUCCGAAUUCUGCGCGCACAUCCAUCAGAUCUCCAACGUGCGUGUUCGUUGUUUUUAGCAGACGACCUUGCCUUUUGAUUGAGGUGAAUUAUGAACGCAUUUUUCGAUUCGCCGCGCACCGUGUUCUUUGGUCGCUCAGAAGUUCAUCAGCAAGUCGAAGCUAUGCCGCCACCGCUGCCUUUUGAGGAGGAGGAGGAGGUCCCGCCAGUCUUUAUCCAGAGCGACAUUGGUCUUCAGAACGGAGUCGGAGCCGCCAACAACGCCGCCAGCGAGGAUGAGGCCGAGCCAGUUGGCGGCGGCGCCCUCUCGCCCCUCGAGGACGACGAGGACGAGGACAAUGAUGAGGAUGAUGGCGAUAUCGUCAAUGAGAUUGGCCCGGCGCCUGUCGCCGACAUGGACAUAGACGGCGACGCGUCCCCGGCUUCCGCCCCAACCACAAACGGCAGGAAGCGCGGCCGACCGUCUCUCUCGGCCGCCGGCUCCCGCAAUAGCACCCCCGCCAAGACGCCCUCCAGGUCGACUGGAGCCAAGACCCCCCGCAAUUUCAAGAGGGCUAUCGCGUCCAAGGUCACCCCGAGCACCACCGGCGCCAAGCGUGGACGUAAGCGCAAGGCGGACGAUGGCGACGCAUCUGGCGCCGCCCCUGCUGCAAAGAAGGCACGAGCCCCGCGCACCAUUCGUGAGGAGAGGGAGCCAACACGCGCAGUUUCCAAGCGUGGCGCUGCGGUUGCCGCAAAGGAGACUUUUGCGACGGCGCUCAAGGUCAAGAUUACGAAAGUCGAAGUUCCAGCGGCGACCGGCAAGCGUCGGGGCCGCAAGCCCGCCGCAGCAGCUGUCAAGGCGAACCAGGAUUGGGAAGUGGAGGAGAUCGUUGAUGCCGGCGUUAUCGGCCCCAAUGGCAAGCCGAAGACGUAUCUCGUCAAGUGGAAAGGCUACUCGGCAGACGACAACACCUGGGAGCCCCGCAAGAACCUCACUGGCUGCCCAGAACUCCUCAGGGCAUUUGACGCCAAGACCCAGCCGGAGAAAGCAUCUACAGCGAAGAAAACACCGGGCCGCAAGCCUAGUGUAAAGGCUGGCCGCAAGGCCGCAGCAGAGAAGCCAGCCCCUGCGGUAGGGCCGGCUGAGAAGAAGGAGCCCCGCAAGCCUCCUGUUGAGAGGAAGCUCGCCGUUCCGAAAAAGGCUGCGAAGAGCACAGGCACCGGCCGCCGGGGCAGGCCCCCUGCCAAGAAGUAAUCUGGUCCGCCUCGUCUCCAGUCGUCUGACUUUUUCUCCCAUCUUUGCUCUGAUCUGAUUUAGGUUACUCGGUCUCUUGUACAAACAACUAUUUUGCUUUUGGGGGGCAGGCAACGAGGCAACGAUGCUGCGCAGCGUUAUGGUGCAUGCACCGGCGACAUAAUGCUACGCCCGCGGGGUGCCCUAGUGUCGCUCGUGGGUGACACUCUUUAUCUUGUGGCCACUUGGAGGAGGGCACAGGCACGCUGGGAUGGGGAUUCUGGGAUGGGGGACUUGGGAAUGAAUUGUUUUCUUUAUAGCAUCGCUCUAUCACGUAGCUUUGGGGUGGCGUUCUGAUCCAGUCAUUUCCGCUUUUCUACUCUCCUUCCUUCGUGUUCACCAUGUGAUUCGAAGGUCUGGGCCGGUAGCUGAGUUGUAACUAACGCACAAAUGACCUGGUCGGUUUCCCGGGUUCUGCUUGAUGCUGAAAUGCAUUGGGAUGUGGCUUCCUAUGGAAUUGAGCAGACACUGGAGUCGGGAGCUGAGCACCUGAGCUGCAGGGGGAGACAUGGAUGACCGCCCCAGAGACAAAAUCAAUGGCAUUACCUAAGCAAAUCUCCAAUCUCAAGACACAUCCCCCA